GCCGCAUUGUCGAACCCUUGGCAAGCCGCCGCCCCUGGAUGGUCACAGAAGGCAACCACCAAAUCGAACGCCUUCCCGUUGACUCCCCGGCCGAUUUCAUAGCCUUCAAUGCUAGGUGGGCAAUGCCGUACAAAGAGAGCGGCUCCACCUCAAACUUGUAUUACUCUUUCGAAGUUGCUGGGACUCACAUCAUCAUGCUUGGGUCCUAUGCCGAGUACCACUCCGAGUCGGAGCAGUACUCGUGGCUUGUAGCCGAUUUGGCAAAGAUUGAUAGAAAGAGAACGCCGUGGGUUGUUGUGGUAUUGCAUGCACCGUGGUAUAAUACUAACACUGCUCAUCAGGGUGAUGAAGAGGGCAUGAGGGUUGCUAUGGAAGAGUUGCUGUAUAAGGCACGGGUUGAUUUGGUUUAUUCUGGACAUGUUCAUGCCUAUGAACGACUAGGGUAUACAACAAUGAGUCAGACCCUUGUGGUCCGGUGCAUGUAACCAUCGGCGACGGUGGAAACCGAGAAGGACUGCCAUCACCGUUCCUACACCCCGCUUCACCUCUCUCCUUGUACAGAGAACCAAGUUUCGAACACGGAUCAGGAUAGUGAAUGAAACUCUUUGUAAAAGACGAAGUCUGGCUACAAAGUUUGAUCUCCCCUAAAACAUGCUCCAAAUCUGUGGACCAGGAAGUUCCAUCGUCAUCUAAGGAUGAGUAGUAAGCACAAAGAAACUAUGCAUGUGAUGGUUCUAAGUUUGAUCUACUUACGUCUCAUGUGUUACAAUCCUUCUAUCUUAAGAAUGUCAUAGCGGACUUCUCAA